AUGGCCAGCGAAGAGUUGAUACCAGAGGAAGUUCCAUUACCUCGUCGACCACGUGGGGGCCGUAAUCGUAUAAAGCCAGAAGUCAAAGAGGUCGAACAGGAAGCUCCAGCCUACAGACCAAAACCCAAAAUCGUCAGCAAACCAGCUGCUGUAAUAGAAGAAAAACAUGUACCGGUCGCAGAGCAGGAACGACCUGCUAAUGAUCCCAUACCAGCAACGGAAACAUCCACGUCAAUGCCGUUACAGUAUAGUCUUGGCAAAAGGAAACGUCAAUCAACGAUAGAUCAAACCAAACAAGUGCACUAUGUCCAUCCCUUUUUCGCUCAACCUAUAAGCAUAUCCUCUGAUCUGUCUGCCAAUAAUGAAAACAGUCUAGACAGUUUGGCAAGUGAUGUGCAAACUCGUCUAAAGGAAAUGGGAUACUUGCACUUGUUUCCAGUACAGUCUGCUGUCAUACCUAUAUUGUCGUCUAGCUCGUUUCCAACUUCGGCUUCCAGACAACGGGAUGUACUGGUAUCAGCUCCUACUGGAUCGGGAAAGACCUUGUCGUAUGUGAUUCCCAUAGUACAGGCACUAAAGGCACGUAGUUUGGUACGAAUACGGGCGCUAGUUGUAUUGCCAACUAGAGAUUUAGCUGCACAAGUACGACAAGUAUUUGUUGCGUUUGCUAAAGGCACGGAUCUGAAGAUUGGAUUUGCUGCUGGUGGUGUAUCGCUUACCACUGAGCAAGGGCAGUUGGUCCAACAUGAUGACCUGGAUCUAGAAGAAGGAGGCAGCUCUAGGGUCGAUAUAUUAAUAGCUACACCAGGGCGCCUAGUAGAUCACUUGCGUUUGACGUCUGGUUUUACUUUAAGACAUUUACGAUAUCUAGUCAUUGAUGAAGCAGACAAACUACUUGGUACAGGAUAUCAAGGAUGGGUAGCUGCUGUACUCAAGUCUGCACAGCCCGAUACAGAUGUAGAACAGUCUGGAAAUGUAGUCAACAGUUGGACUGGAUUGGCUGGAUGGCCUGAAGACGAAAUAGGACUACCAUUACAUAAAACUCGAGUGGUUAGACAUACCGUAUUACCCAAUAAUGCCCCUUUGCCACAUCAUGCUGUACCAUUACAGAAAUUGCUCUUCUCAGCUACCUUAACUCAAAAUCCAGCAAAGUUGGCAAGUCUUAAACUUCAUUAUCCAAUCUAUAUUUCAGUGCAACCAAAACCAAAAUCCAAUAGUGCCACAAGUGGUAGGAAUAUAGUAGCAGGUGACGAUAUGGAUACGGCAACAGACCAUGAACCGGUACAGCCUGUAACAGAGGAAACUAAGCGAUAUACUGUACCAUCAACCCUCACAGAACAUCUAAUGGUCGUACCGGAUGAAUUCACUAAACCUCUAGCCCUCAUCCACCUGCUAUAUACUCUCCGCCUACCAGCUGCUCUAGUAUUCUGCAAAUCUAUAGAUGCCACACAUAGGCUCGCCACCCUCCUAAAUAUCUUCGCCAAACAACGACAAACCUCAUCACCAUCAUCACCACCAAUCCACGCAACGAUGCUGACAUCAGAUCUCGCCCGUCGCGAUCGUAAAAAAAUCUUAGACAAAUUCACAGCAGAAGCCAUCCAAGUCCUUGUAUGCUCAGACCUCCUCACCCGAGGCACAGAUCUCGGUCCAGCAAUCAAGACCGUAAUAUCAUACGACAUUCCAGCAAACACAAAAACGUAUGUGCAUCGUGUUGGACGUACCGCUAGAGCUGGUGCUGACGGUGUCGCCUAUGUCUUGUCAGCCCCGAAAGAAGCUCAUCAUGUUAAAGCUAUACUGGCGGAAGUUGGACGAGACAGUAAAUUUAGACGAGAUAAAUGGGAUGCCGAGUUUGGGAAUGUGCUGAUGGAUGAUUAUAAAGCUGCGCUUGUUGGGUUGGGUAAAGCGGUUAAGGGUGCUGUUGAAGAGGAUGUGGUUGCUAAAGCCAAGACUGAGGUUAUGGAAGCUGAUGGUAGUGCUGAAGCGCAUGAUAACGGAGAUGAUGAUGCUGAAGAUGAAGAACAGCGUGUUGCUGCUGAAGAACAGGAUGAUGUGGAUGAUGAAGAGGGCAAAGCUGAUGCUAUGGAAUACGAGAUGGAAACACCAGAAUCCAAAGCACCAUCAUCAGCUAAAGAAGUAGAUAAAAUCACGUCAAGCUUGUGGUCCAAAGUUGGAGUGCAAGUUGAAGCUUUAUUAUCGCACAUUCAAUAA